AUGGAUCCUCUUUUGUGGUUCGCUCAUCUUGAGGCUGAGUUUUACAACCACAGAAUCACUUCCGACUACGCGAAGUAUUGCAAGCUCCUGUCCUAUCUCCCCAAGGAGAUAUCAAUGCAGGUUCGUGACGUUAUCAUUUCUCAGACCGAAAACCGCUAUGAGGCUCUCAAAGAGGCCACGAUUAA